AUGGCUGAUACCGAGUUGCGGCAGGUUGCGCGGCCUGGUUGCUGCCUCGAGCCCUGCGCGGGUUGUGUGGCGACAGUGCGGGCUGGUACGGGAUUAAGCACAGCAACAAGAGCGCAUAUGCGGCUGAGCUCACUGGGCGAGGCGACCGCGGGAAGCGCGGCGCCGGCGGUUGUUUGCGGCAGUCGAACGGACCUAUAUAUAGCGUGCAGCUGCACAGAGGGCCAGUGCUCGAGGGCAGACAGUAUGGCUCUGAACGAACGUGGCAUGCAGAUGGAUCGAGGACAGGCUAGGCCUGCUGUGCGACAGCCAGAUGAGCGCGAGCGCAAACAGCGGCUGGUGAACCGGUGCUUUCGGGAGUCGCGGGUGCCCGACAGCGAGAGCUCGCCGGGCACGGAGCGACGGACAGCGGAGCUCAGCGGGUUCUACACGACGAAAAAGCUGCGCAGCCUGUAUUGGACGCUGAGGACAGAUGCGUCGCUGACGGCGUUUGCAGUGGCGCAGGAGCGGGACACGAUCCUGAUCAGCAACCGGCACCACUCGGAGGAGAACCUGAAGCUGUACCAGUAUGACAACGUGAAGUCGAAGCUGCGGCGGAUACAGACGAUCACGCUGCCUGGUGGCUCUGUGGUUGCAUGCGCGCUGCCAGGGCCCGGGUUCAACGUGGUCAUGGGAGAGGCGCUGCGGAGAACGCACGACCAGCUGAUUCUAACGGGGCAUGAGGACGCGGUUGUGAACCUGAUUGCUACGUCGCUGGAAGAGGGCGAUGCGCGGAUCAUCCGGCGGUUCAACCCUGCCAAGUACCUGCGGCGGCUUCGGGCCCAGUACGGGGACGAGGCAGCCGACAUGCCGUGGCUGCAGGAGAUUGAUAGUCUGCGCGUGCGGCAGCUGACGCCGUGGCGCUCCGUUAAGACGGAUGCGACUGGUUUCAUCGCGCUGGUGAACGAGCUGAUUUUCAUAUACACGUUUGACGACACGCGGGAGCCGCUGUACAUGCACCAUUUUCCAGGGGUGGAGUCGUUCGACGUGAACCCGGAGAAUGAGCUGCUGCUGGCGCUGUCCGGGUCCAAGUACGGUGCGAACGGCAUUUCGUUGCUGGACCUGACAAAAAUGCGCGGCAUUGGCAGGCAAUAUGCGCCUGCGGGCCACCUGAAGGCGUUUGAGCGGGCGGCGGACUCCAAGCACUGCCUGUGGCUAGACAAGAGCCUGCUAGUCAACUCUGUUGGAAAUAUUCUCCGGGUGUGGGACAUCCGCUGCAGUACCGGUCUUAAAUGUGAGGUCCUGGGUCACAAGAGCAACAUCACUGCUGUCAGAUACCAUAAGAACUCGCAUACGUUGUACAGCUGCGACGAAGAUGGCUAUAUAUUUUCUUGGGAGCUGUCGCACCUACUGCGCGAGCUGGAGGGUAUGACUGACGUCAGGAGAAUGACCCUAUGUCGAAGCCCUCAGUCGAUCAAGACCGCGGACGACUGUUCUACAACUAUCCAGUGUGGUAAUAUUGUUGUCGCUCCCGACACUGAAUUUUCCUCGAAACGGAACUCUUCAGUUAGGAGCUCGUCUAGCAGGUUAGGCAGAUUGCACUUACAGUUCUUAGGUGACGGGACACUGAUCACCCUGGAUGCAUUGGAAUUGGGUGUGCACAAAGUACAAGAUGCAAAAUGCUAUAUUGCACCGUCCAAGAACAAGCUACGGCGUCAUUCAGAACUUCCGAUAAAGACCUUGGCGCCGUCUGCUGUGAGCCAUGCUGUGGAGUCCGAUUCUAGUCUAUCAUCGGACUCAACAUUGGUGGAAAGAGCUCAGCUCGAAGAGUUGCAUCAUGAUAUUUUUGGCAGCGGUUUCAUGUCAUUAGAUCUGCACGCCGAAGUGGACCAUUCGUAG